GUUAACGUCAAAGGCUAAAGAGGUUGAGUCUGGUUUACGCCAAAACCCUUUUCCAUAUUCUAAAAUUUGGUCUCAAUCUCUCUCUUUCAACCUCAAAAUCUCCAUUACUAUAAAGAACCAACCCUUUCCCAUCUCUCUCUUCAAACCUCAAACACUUUCAUCCUCUCUUUUCCCUCCUUUUCUGCUUCUUCUUCUCUCUUUCUCUAACUAUAGGGACUAAGCUAGGCAGUACUCAACAUGUGUUUCUAGGAACUUGUUCCCUCAAUAAACAAACAGGUUUCUCUACAUAUACUGUUUUUCCUGUUUCUAGAGAAGAGCCAUUGUUGAACAGAAAAAAACAAAAGAAUGGAAAAGAUGAAUUUUGUGAAGAAUGGAGUGUUAAGAUUACCUCCUGGGUUUAGGUUUCAUCCCACUGAUGAAGAAUUAGUGGUGCAGUAUUUGAAGCGCAAGGUUUUUGCUUGUCCUUUACCUGCUUCUAUCAUCCCUGAAGUUGAUGUUUGCAAAGCUGAUCCCUGGGAUUUGCCUGGGGAAACAGGGCAGGAGAGGUAUUUUUUCAGCACAAAAGAGGCAAAAUACCCAAAUGGGAAUAGAUCAAACAGGGCAACAAAUUCAGGGUACUGGAAAGCUACAGGCAAAGAUAAGCCAAUUUUUGGUGGUGCUAGAAGUAAUCUAACCAAUCAGCCUAUUAUUGUUGGUAUGAAGAAAACUCUGGUUUUCUACAGAGGAAAACCUCCUCAUGGCUCAAGAACUGAUUGGAUUAUGCAUGAGUAUCGCCUCGUUAAUACUAAUCAACCUCAAAUCAAUUCACAAACCCUUAAUUCUCCUCUCAACAAGAACUUAAGUCAGAAAACAGGGAAUUGGGUAUUAUGCAGAAUUUUCCUCAAGAAAAGGAACAAUGCAGCUACCAAGAAUGAUCAUGAAGAAGAGGGGAUAAUUUGUGAGGAAGAUAAUAUGAAAAUUAGUAACACAAAACUUGAAAAGCCAAUUUUUUAUGAUUUUCUAUCAAAAGAAACUAAAAGAAGUGCAGCAGCAGACUUGAACUUGCCUGCUCCUUGCUCGUCCUCUUCAGGAUCAAGUGCCGUCACAGACGAAGACCAUCAUCACCACCACAAACACCACGAAUCAUCGUACGAAACCGACGAAAGCAGCAGUAGCAGCUGUGAUAGUAUUGCAUUUCUUAGAAGAGAACUUUAACCCAUCACAAUUAGCUUAAUUAAUUAUGUACUUAAGUUUACAAGUAACAAAUUAGUAUUAGUCCAAAUAACCGAUGUUAAGUUGUUUAGUGUUUUUUCUGUCCUCAAAUGUUCAACAAGGAAGAAUUAAAAUCUACAAAGAGGGAGAAUUUAAUGGUUCUAA